AUGGUUGUGAAUAGCCCAAUAUGGACCAGGUCGGUUGCAAAUCUUUCCAAACAGGAGGGGGACCAUCUACCAGAUCAAAUAAAACACUAGCUCGCAGAUUUGCCUAUUUCCCAGGCUAAUGCAAAUGUCUCCUGGGCCAAACUAAAGGACAACCUACUCAACUUACAUCUUUUAUUGGCGGAGGGCAGACAGACGCCAAUGGCGACUGCCGCUGUUGCGCACGGCGAGAAGGAUCAGACGGAGCCAUGCCCGCGUACCACGCUGCUCGACCACAGCAGGCGACACCGGACAGCCUUCACGCGGGAACAGCUGUCCCGACUGGAGCAGGAGUAUGGAAAGGAGAGCUACGUUUCCAGACCCCGGCGCUGCGAACUGGCCACGGCGCUCAACUUACCUGAGACAACAAUAAAGGUGUGGUUCCAGAACAGGAGGAUGAAGGACAAACGGCAGAGACACUCCUUACCGUGGCCUCACCCUCUCGUCGACCCUCUGGGGGCACUCCUGAUGGGCCGUGCCUCCCCUUCCUCCACCUUGACAUACCCCUUCAUGCCACCCCCACUCCCGCUCCACCACCACUACCCCCUAUCUCUCUCCUCACCAGCAUCCUCAGCACACAGUCGCUACAGCGCACCCAUGAGGACCCUGGAUGCGCUCCGCCUCUCCCAGUACCACAACAGACCAGGAGGGUUGCCUCCAACCACAGCAGCCCUCUACCCUUCCACCAGCAUCAUGCACCAUCCCGCCUCAUGUCCUUGCCCCCUCUGCCUUCACUGGGGACCAGAACAACUGCUCAAAGCAAGAGGGGAGACACUGGGACUGAGCCAGCGUCGUAGUCCCAAGGCCAAUAUCCAGCCUGCCAACCUAGAGCAGAGGGAAGAGAUAGUGUAA